UGUAAUCCACACCACUGUUUAGCUUAACAACAACAGGCCGGGCGUGAAUUUGUUGGAUAAACGACGAAAGGGCUUCUUUCCGGCUCAUGUUUGCAAAAUUGUGCCAAUUUCAACGAUUUUACCCCUUUUUAUCUUGGCUUCAACUGACAAAAACCUAACCUCUAAUCGGCAUUACAUAACCUCACUUUUUUCAAUUUUUUGGAAAAACCAUGUCUAAGCCACUGACAUUCGUCACCGGAAACGCUAAAAAGCUCGAAGAAGUGGUUGCCAUCCUCGGCUCGACUUUCCCCCGUAAAGUGGUGAGUCAAAAAGUGGACCUCCCGGAGCUCCAGGGUGAAAUCGCCGAUAUUUGCACCCGGAAAUGCCAAGCGGCCUACGACAUCAUCAAAGGGCCGUGUAUUGUCGAAGACACGUGUCUGUGUUUCAACGCCUUGGGGGGUUUACCCGGCCCUUACAUCAAAUGGUUCUUGGACAAGUUGGGGCCCGAGGGGCUGUACCGAUUGUUGGCUGGGUAUGAGGAUAAGAGUGCGCAAGCCGUUUGCACUUUUGCGUAUCAUCCGGGCGAUGAGGGGGGUAAUGUGGUUCUGUUCGAGGGGCGCACGGAUGGCGAGAUUGUGGAGCCAAGGGGGCCGAGGGAUUUCGGCUGGGAUCCGUGCUUCCAGCCAGUGGGGUACACGCAAACCUACGCCGAGAUGCCCAAAGAGGAGAAGAAUAAGAUUUCGCAUCGGUAUCGCGCCUUGGACGCGCUGAGGAAUUACUUUACUAACCAAGAGACAUAAUGGAUUUUAUUAAUUCUUAAAUUAAUUAAUUAAUUAAUUUAAUUAAUAAUUAAAUUAUUCAGCUUAUUGAAUAAAAGUUUUUCUGUUCGA